UCACGUUCAGUCUAUACGGCGAAUAACCAAAUAAGGACAUUAAACCAGGCUUUGCCUCGAAACCUCACGAGUUGCCUAUCUAGACAGCGUUUCUGGCGGCGUUGGCAUGUUCAAAAUGAUGCUUAGGAGCUGACUUGGUGGUUGCUCACAAGUUUUUGAGACGCGGCCAUCGUUUCCAACUAAAGGAUGUUACGCGAAUGUCUUGAGAUGAAGUUCUGGUUUCAUCCUGUGACUCAGAUGUUACAGAAACAGGGGGAGCAUCGGAGUGACGACAAAAAGUGCAACGUGCUGCUGCUCGUGUCUCACUCUCCAUAAAACCCACGAGCGGCGCGAGACUGUUUCAGCACACACCAGCGACUACCUGAUCGACGCACAGCUCUGCAAACAAUCAAGCUUUUCCAAAUACGGAUUUGUGUUUACCCUGAAAACAUAAGUUUGGUCUCACUGCAAAAAGAGGAAGAACUGAAGACUUGUCUCAAUCACAAUAACUGGCUUUUGCAACAGAGAGCAGGAUGGAGAAGAUGAAGGACAGUAAGGGGAAGCAGGUCACAUGUUACCUCAUGUUGUGUGUGUCCACGGCUGUCAUUGGCUCCUUGCAGUUUGGCUACAACACAGGCGUCAUCAAUGCACCCCAUCAGAAAGUGAAGAACUUCAUCAGAAACGUGACUCAGGAGCGCACUGGAGAGCUAAUGGAUGUGUCCGCAGUGACAACAAUGUGGAGUGUGACUGUUUCCAUUUUCAAUGUUGGCGGCAUGAUCGGGUCUCUUAGUGUUGGCACUCUAGUUGACAAACUAGGGAGACGAAAAUGCAUGUUUCUGUCCAACAUCCUGGCUGUGAUUGGUGGAGGCCUGAUGGGUGUAUCCAGCAUGUGCACAUCUUAUGAGUUGAUAAUAGUGGGCCGUCUGGUUAUUGGUGCAUUCUGUGGCCUGUGUACAGGAAUGACGCCCAUGUAUGUGGGUGAAAUUGCUCCAACGGCACUGCGAGGGGCUUUUGGUACCCUUCACCAGCUCGGGGUGGUCAUAGGCAUCCUAAUUGCACAGAUCUUAGGCCUGGAGUCAUUGCUGGGGUCUCCGUCUUUGUGGCCAUUGUUAUUGGCUCUGACGGCAUUGCCUGCAGUAUUACAGUGUGUCAUGCUGAUCUUCUGCCCGGAGAGCCCUCGAUACCUGCUGAUCACUCUGAACCAGGAGGAGGAGGCACGCCAAGUGCUGACACGUCUUCGUGGGCAUUCAGAUGUGGAAGAUGACAUCCGCGAGAUGAAGGAAGAGGCCGUGAAGAUGUCCAUGGAGAAGAAAGUUUCUAUUCCAGAGCUGUUCCGUAACUCCGCUUACAGACAGCCCAUUAUUAUUGCCAUAAUCCUGCAGCUGUCCCAACAACUCUCUGGCAUCAACGCUGUAAUUUAUUACUCUACAGAUAUCUUUGCAUAUGCAGGUAUCUCUCAGGCAGUCUAUGCCACCAUUGGAGUGGGUGCAGUCAAUACUCUCUUCACUGUCAUCUCUCUCUUCCUGGUGGAGAGGGCAGGAAGAAGAACACUUCAUAUGGUCGGACUAGCUGGAAUGACUGUCUGUGCUCUCCUCAUGACCAUUUCUCUUGAAAUUCUUAAACCAGCAAAUGCCAAAGCAGGAAGUGUUGUUAAUGCGACUGCCAUCCCCGAAUCUGUAUCUGCAGGGCAGGGAACUUCAGCAAUCAGCGUUCUGGCCAUUCUGGCAGUGUUCGGGUUUGUGGCCAGUUUUGAGAUGGGACCGGGACCAAUCCCAUGGUUCAUAGUGGCUGAGUUAUUCGCUCAAGGUCCACGCCCGGCAGCCAUCGCUGUGGCGGGAUGCUGCAACUGGACCGCCAGCUUUCUUGUCGGACUGCUUUUCCCAAAACUAUUGAUCCUGUGUGAGGCGUACGUCUUUAUCAUAUUCUUCAUCCUCCUUAUCAUCUUCUUCGUAUUUACCUACUUCCGCGUUCCCGAGACCAAAGGUAGAACAUUUGAGGACAUCGCCAGUGGGUUUUCCAAUGCCACAGGCUCCAGUGCCGCCAACUACACGUCCCCAGAGGGUGCCGUCGCAAUGCCAGUAUCUCCAUCAUCAGAGAAGUUUCAGAUGACUGAAAUGGCUGGUCAGGAGAAAAGCUGAGGAAACCUUUAGAAAAAACCCUCUAACCCACACAAGAUUGACACCUUAAAUGAACAGAUGCAGCUAAAUAAUGGGCAUUAUUAUAAAGAGAUAGCUUGGCGUGUUUAUCAAGUAGACCAGUAAAUCACAAUGUUACACUGCAAGUGUGACAGUUAGCAGCUGUUAAAACAAUCACAUUUCUGUGGUCAAAUCACUGUGCUUUUUUAUUAUUAUUUAUUAUUAUUACUACUACUGCGGUGAGUUAGCUUCAAAAACAUCAUAGGGUUUAAAAAUGUCUGAAAAGUUUGGAAACCACAGACGUAGAGGUACUAAAUAGUGUUAUGGUACUGAAAGCCUUUUUAUGAUUGACACUUAAAGUCACUGUGAGCAAAUAAGUGUUUAUUACAUGUGGUUGCAGAUGUUUGUUUAGUUAGACAAAGAGUUUAGUUGUAUUUUUUUAAAAAUAACUGAUGUGUGAGAUUUCUACUGCGCACUAAGCACUUGUACAUAAUCAUGUGGAAUAUUAAACUGAUUACUAUGACUUAUAUUUAAA